CGUCAAAUUCUCUCUCUAGUUUUUGCUUAUUGGAGAGAUGAGGAUUUGGUAGAGAAAAAGAUCUCUGUUUCUUUGUGGAUUCUAAUCCAAACCUCAAAAGGUAAUCUCUCAAGAUCAUCUUUCAUGUUUAACUUCUUCUUCUCUUUCGAUUCAUACUUUUUUUUGUUUGUUUUUGAAUCUUGUAUAGAGGUAACCCUUGUUUUUGUUCAGACUUUUAUUUUGUUUUGGUAUUUCACUAGUUAGACAAAAAGAAAGAAAGAAUUAAUCUUGAUUACAGUAUUCAUCAAUAUAAUACAUGGUUUAUCAAACGUUAAGUGAACGAUGUUAAUUUGAGGGGUUUACUGUUUUUUUGUUAAAAAACAAAGUUGAUUUAUAUGGGUGCUUGGAUUGACUUUGGUGGGAUUGGAAAUUGAUUUUUACACCUGAAACAAAAGUAACUAUAUAGUGGAUACAGUUUAAAAAUGGGGGAAGAUUUGCUUACGGGGUUGUCUAUGGAGAAUCACCACCCAUCGACACUGUUAUCAAUGGAUUCGAGUGCAAUAGCACAUGAAGAAUUGGGCAGAGAGAUGAAUCGUUCAAUGAUUCUCUCUAGACCACCUGAUAUUAAUCUCCCGUUAUCAGCGGAACGUAGUCCUCCACCACAAUUGUGGAAUUCGGAUCCUUUUGAUAUACUGGAGGUUGGCCUUGGACCUCAAAUUAACGAGUCUGAUACUUUGCUCAACGCAUCGAAGACCGGGCGUAAAUGUGCCAAGAGAUUAGAUAGUGUAUGGGGUGCUUGGUUUUUCUUUACUUAUUAUUUUAAGCCUGUGUUGAAUGAGAAAUCUAAGGGAAAAGUGAUUAGGGAUAGUAAUGGGGUUUUGGGUUUUGAUAAGUCAGAUCUUGAGCUUGAGGUGUUCUUGGUUCAGCAUGAUAUGGAGAAUAUGUAUAUGUGGGUUUUUAAGGAAAGGCCUGAGAAUGCAUUAGGUAAGAUGCAGUUGAGAAGUUAUAUGAAUGGGCAUUCACGCCAGGGAGAGCGUCCGUUUCCAUUCAGUGUUGAUAAGGGGUUUGUUCGGUCUCACAGAAUGCAGCGGAAGCAUUAUAGGGGCCUUUCAAAUCCACAGUGUGUGCAUGGGAUUGAGGUUGUUUCAUUGCCAAAUCUCAAGGGUCUUGAUGAGGAAGAACAAAAGAGGUGGAUGGAACUUACAGGUAGGGAUUUGAACUUCUCAGUCCCACCUGAGGCUAGUGAAUUUUCUUCAUGGAGGAACCUUCCCAACACAGAAUUUGAGCUUGAGAGACCUCUUCCUACAUUAAAGACUCAGCAGCAACCUCAUCCAAAAAAAUUGCUUAAUGGUUCUGGUUUAAAUUUGUCAACUCGGCCUAUGAGCCAUGCAAAUGGUGGUGGAAUAGAUCUCUCACAUGUAUGCAACAAGAGGAAGAAGGAUUUAUUUCUACAGGGGAACGAUGAAGAUUGUUGUUUGGUCAUUAAUAAUCAACAUAAUGAUAGAGUUCAGGAUGCAGAGAUGCACCCCAUUGAACCGUCAUGGUUAAAUGAGUUUAGUGGGGUUAUGAAGAAUGUUUAUGGGCCAGUUACGGCUGCAAAAACCAUAUAUGAGGAUGAGCAAGGAUACCUAAUAAUUAUCAGUUUACCAUUUGCUGAUCUUAAAAGGGUGAAAGUCACUUGGUGGAAUAAUCUCACCCAUGGUGUUGUAAAGAUAUCAUCUGUGAGCACAGCCUGCAUGCCAUUUAUCAAGAGAAAUGAUAGGACAUUCAAGCUUACAGAUCCAUCCCCUGAGCAUUGUCCUCCUGGGGAGUUCAUUAGAGAAAUCCCUCUACCAACGAGGAUUCCUGAUGAUGCCAAGCUAGAAGCAUACGGUGAUGAAACAGGAACUGGUCUAGAAAUCAUGGUGCCUAAGCAUCGUGUAGGACCAGAGGAACAUGAAGUUCGUGUUUGCCUUCGCCCUCAUCUUAGUGCAAAUGAGCUCCUGUUAUCUUGACAGAGGCCUGUACUGGAAAAUCUUUGGUUUGGGAUUGCUCCUGAGCUUUCCAGGUAGAAGUUGUUGGUAAAGUGUUUUAAGGACAAUGCCACCUCAUCAUGUAGUGGAUUUCUACUAGAGUUUAGAAUGAAGUUGUUAAGAGAGUAUAUUUUAUCCCUUUGGAGACCUCGAGCGAGUGUUUUCUGGCUUAUGGCUUAUUGCUGUGUUCUAAUGCUGUAUGAGAAAAUAUGGGAUAGAAGUAUCGAUAUCGUUAGGAAAAUUGUACCAUGUUCUCAAGUCAGUUGCUUGCCAGCAUAGUUACUGUAUAUAUGUUUUAGAUUAUCAAUGUUUAACAUCUUGUCAUGUUCCUUUUGUUUUAUUGGUGCCCAGCAAUUUGAUCCCUUGAAUUGGUCCGAAGUUGACAAAUGUAUAUUGUUGGAGCAUCUAUUUCAAAGAUGGACAUAGGUAAUGUUGUAGAUUCCAUAUUCUGAGUCUGGGUCUAGCCAUGCAGCAGUUAGAGGAAUUCUUCUCCCUUGGCGAACGCUGUUAACUAUCACAACCAGAGCGUCAUGGCUGAGGACUGAGGUACACAUUUGCUUUGCAUUGGAAAACUGUGAAAAACUGUAGGAAUUGAAAUACAAAUAUACUUAAAAUCA